CACGUACUGGAAAGCCGAGCGAGCGGGUUUAAGCGUAGCCGCGGCAUUAUGGAGAGAAUACUGCGUGUCGAGUCUGCUUGUCCACGCAGGGCACCUUCGACGUUGGACCGCCGCGGACAAGCGCCACCAGCCGCUCCAGGGCGGCGCUAUGUAUUGCGGACUUGGCAUGGAAUACACUAUGCAGUGCUCAUCAUCCUACACAUUGCUCUCUGUGUGUCCAUCGUGCGUCGUUGCAACCCUCUCUUUCACCUCGAGGUUCACUGGCCGCGCCUGCCCACUCGUCUCUUCUGAGCCUUCUCGAGCAGCUGUAGCCGUCUGCGAACAGCGACUUUCCUCAACCUCAAAGCAGCUCUCAUAUGCUUCUCCAUCUCUUUUGCGAGCUCCAAGUGCUCCAAUAAUCUUGUUCUUAGGCAACCAGAGCCAAUGGCGUCGAACAUUCCUCUGUCGCGGGCCUCCAUACUUCCCGAAGCUUCUCCUUUCUCAGCCUCGCCUCAUGUGCGGCCGAGGCAUGAGCAGAUUGCUGCCAACUCGGCAUCGCCCUCGAGAGGUCCCGAGUACCGAGCCAUGGACAAAGCGAUGUUGGUGUUUGGUGCUGGAACUAGGACAUGCAUCGGAAAGCAUCUUUCGAACGCUGAGAUGUACAAGGUGAUGCCGGAGAUUGUCCGCCGCUUCUCUGUCCGAAUGGCUCUUGAUCAGCCUU